UCAAAUCCUGCACUUUAUUCGCCCCGCAGACGCAGAGACAUUUGGGAGUAGUAGUUAAAUCGAAACUCACAUGGCUGACACGCGGCGCACCAUUAACAGCCAUGUCAUCGUAAGCACACAGACAAAAUCCCCGAGACGACAAAGCCACCAAUCCCAUCGGCCCGGGCAGGUCUUCCAUAACGCGUACGCCUCGGCCUCGGCAGUCGCACGUACGUACGUCUGCACGAGGGGGAGCAGAGGCGGGCCUUUUUAUAUCAGAAGCUCGGCAGCAAAGAAAUGGGCAGUACCACCAGUAGUCGAGCUAAAAACAGAGGCUCUGGCUAGAGAAGAAGAUUUCGAUCGAGCUUUCUGCGCAGUUGCUUCCAUGGGGAACUGCUUCGGCUAUGAAGAAGCCGAGGCGGAGGCCGUCAAGACACCACCACGCCAUCAUGGACAGCCCCAAGCAGCAGCAACAGCAAGCCGCAGUCCCCCUCCCACGGCAGCGCCCACCGCCCAUGUCGGCAUGGGCGGCGCAGGGCACGGCAGGAGGUCCCCUGGCUCGUCCAGGAGCACUUUGAGCAGCAGCACCACGACCGGGGGGAGCAGCAGCGGCAGCACCUCGGCAGCCGGCAGCGUCACCGGGGCCUUUCCGGAGCCAGAUCAGGGCACGAUCCUGGAAACCCCCAACCUGCGCAUCUUCACGUACGCGGAGCUCAAGGCCGCGACGAGGAACUUCAAGCCGGACAGCAUGCUGGGCGAGGGCGGGUUCGGGCGCGUGUACAAGGGCUGGGUGGACGAGAAGACCAUGAACCCCGUGCGCAGCGGCACCGGCAUGGUCAUCGCCGUCAAGAAGCUCAGCCAGGAGAGCGUCCAGGGCCUGCAAGAAUGGCAGUCCGAGGUGAAUUUUCUCGGGAGGAUAUCGCAUCCAAACCUGGUGAGGCUGCUGGGGUACUGCUUGGAGGACAAGGAGCUCUUGCUCGUCUACGAGUUCAUGGCCAAGGGGAGCUUGGAGAAUCACCUCUUCAGAAGUGACAUAACAUGCAUUUGUUUGCAAGCAGAAGGAGGAUCCGUCCAACCCAUCUCCUGGAGCCUUCGGCUACGAAUCGCCAUCGGCGCUGCGCGCGGCCUCGCCUUCCUGCACUCGUCGGAGAAGCACGUCAUCUACCGAGACUUCAAGGCUUCCAACAUCCUCCUCGACACGCACUACAACGCCAAGCUCUCCGACUUCGGUCUCGCCAAGGACGGCCCCACCGGCGGCGACAGCCACAUCACCACCCGCGUCAUGGGCACCUACGGCUACGCGGCGCCGGAGUACGUCGCCACAGGGCACCUGUACGUGAAGAGCGACGUGUACGGGUUCGGGGUGGUGCUGCUGGAAAUGCUGACGGGGCUGCGGGCGCUGGACACGGCCCGGCCGGCCCCGCAGCUGAACCUGGUGGACUGGGCCAAGCCGUACCUGGCGGACCGGCGGAAGCUGGCCCGGCUGGUGGACCCGCGCCUGGAGGGCCAGUACCCGUCCAAGGCCGCGCUGCGGGCCGCGCAGCUCACGCUGAGCUGCCUCGCGGGCGAGCCCAGGAACCGGCCCUCCAUGGCCGAGGUCGUCGCCGUCCUCGAGGAGAUCGAGGGGAUGAGGCCGCGCCACCACCGCCGCCGCGCCUCGCCGGAGGAGGAGUCGCCUCGGGCCGCCUCCGCCGCCCCGCGGGGUGGGCACGGGCACGCGCACCAUCACCAGUCUCCGCGGCCGAGGUCGGACGGCGGGCGGAGCAGCAGCAGCCACCCGUCUCCUCGGGUGAGAUAGCAGGCGGAAAGGCCUGAUGUUGGUCGAGCUCAGCCCAGCACCGGGUUUUUGGCCCAGUUUUCCCUGUCUUGGGCUUUUGUGAUCUUGGCUCGUUUUCGGUCGCUGUGGACGCAAAUGGCCACCCGGUUCUGUAAUGUGUAAAGUGAGAUUAGGUUUUUGUACACUUUCAGCCUUUCAGGCCCAAAUGUUGGAGGGUGCUCCUUCCUAAUCUCCCCCGUUUCAGCGCUACUAGGAACGCCGUGUCCAUGCUCUGCAAAAAUCUUUGCUACAUCCUCCUCCUCGUAGCAAAUACGGAGAACUUUUUCCGUUCAGUUCGUGUCCUCUUAUUUAGUAUUUUUAUGGUGUAAAUAUGUAGUUUCUGAACUGUCUCUUUUUAUGGUGUAAAUAUGUAGUUUCUGU